AUGGCUGAGAUUGAAUUGAAGACUGCUCCAGCUGAUUUUCGAUUCCCAACAACAAAUCAAACGAGACACUGUUUCACACGCUACAUCGAGUUCCACAGGUGCUUGGCAGCAAAAGGUGAAGAGUCUGAUGAAUGCGUGAGAUUUGCCAAAUACUAUCGUUCCCUCUGCCCAGGUGAAUGGAUCGAGAGGUGGAAUGAACAGAGGGAGAAUGGGAGUUUCCCAGGGCCACUUUAA